AUGCUUAAUUUUAAGAAAAUUUUAUACUAUCUCUCUGGUUCUAAGGACUUGGCUCUUCAGCAUUUCGGCUCUUCUAAGGUUCUGGCUCUUGAUUUGCGAAUCUUUAAUGGAAGACAGCAUACACUAGUCCUGGCUCUUGAUUUGCGAAUCUUUAACAAAAGACGGCACAUACGGGCCUCAGUUCUUGAUUUGCGAAUCUUUAACGAAAGACGGCACAUACGGGUUCUGGCUCUUGAUUUGCGAAUCUUUAAUGGAAGACAGCAUACACUAGUCCUGGCUCUUGAUUUGCGAAUCUUUAACAAAAGACGGCACAUACGGUUCUUGAUUUGCGAAUCUUUAACGAAAGACGGCACAUACGGAUCCAGGCUCUUAAUUUGCAAAUUUUUAACAGAAGAUGACACACGCGAGUCCCGGCUCUUGAUUUGUGAAUCUUUAACGGAAGACGGCACAUAUGGGUCCCGGUUCUUUGGCAUUUCAGCUCUUCAGUUCGAAGGUCCCAGUUCUUUCUUCGGCUACUUUGGCACUUUGGCAUUUCGGUUUCACAUACCUGUCUCUUAUACACAUCUAGAUGUGUAUAAGAGACAGUUCUUGAUUUGCGAAUCUUUAACGAAAGACGGCACAUACGGGUCCUGGCUCUUGAUUUGCAAAUCUUUAACAGAAGAUGGCACACACAGGUCCCGGCUUUUGAUUUGCAAAUCUUUAACGGAAGACGGCACAUACGGAUCCAGGCUCUUAAUUUGCAAAUUUUUAACAGAAGAUGACACACGCGAGUCCCGGCUCUUGAUUUGUGAAUCUUUAACGGAAGACGGCACAUAUGGUUUAGCUUCACAACAUAUUUAAAAUUGGAUUUAAUAAAAUAUAUUAAUUAAUAAAUAUAUUUUAAGAAUUAUAUGUGUUAUAAUAAAAAUUUAAUUAGGUUAGAAGAUUGAUUUGCUUAUUUUUAUAUAAUUUUUAAGGUUAGAUAUCAACAAUGCUUAGCGAUCAUAGUAAAAACCUAUGCUUAGAGCUACUAAUAAAAAAUAUUUUUGGGACUUACCUAUAUAAGUAUUUCUGGGGUCCU